GGCUAGCGUUAGUGUCCAAAGGCGAUGCCCCUGACUGGGUCGCUUAGCGCGCCGUCUCACGAGUUCAGGGUGGCGCUGGUCACGCGGUCCGCUGCCUCAGUUGCGUGUUUACGUUGAAAGCCGAGCGAGCUAGCGACCGUUCGGCACGUUGGAAGAUCAGUGAACGGUUCUUUUCGAGGAUGCGCCACGUUUUGGUAACACUCAUAGUAAUCUUUUCUCAUGGUGAAGGUGCAGGGUACUACGGACAGGUAUCAUCUGUACUUAAAAGUUUACAUGAUGCUGAUAACACUGCACAUAUUGUUCCACAACUGAUAUCUUCAGGAGUGGAAUAUCCGGUGUGUUUCUUCAGUACAGCAAACAGGAAUAUCCAACCAUUGUGUAAAGUCCUAUGCAAAACAGCUGGAUUUCAGCUGUGUGAGAGAUCAUAUGCAGUAGUACCACAUGAUCGAAAUUAUGCAGAUAAAGGAUUUUUUGUUGAUGUUAAUUGUGUAGGUGAUGAGUAUAAUGUUAAACAGUGCAAAUGGUUCUCAAUAUACAAUAGUUCAUGCCAUUAUUUACUUGCUAUUAAAUGUAUAGAUUGUAACAACUCUUUAACAAUUGUUGGUGAUGAAUUAUCAGUUGUAACUCUUCCUCAGUAUUCACCUUGUGGAGUGGAAUCAGCUUGUGAAUGGAAUAUUUAUCUGAAAAAAAUGGAAAGGAAGGUUACACCUAUCAAAUUUCAAAGCUACAAGAACAUUACUGGCAAUGGAGCAAGGAUGAGGAAAAGAAUUCUUGCAUUAAGCUGGGUAGAUUAUCAGGAGGAAACACAUUUCAUAGAAGGAACUGAUGAAAAUUUCACUGCUAAAAGUCUGGAAGUUGCAUCAGAUAAAUUUGUUUUGCGUUACUUUGCCCACAACUGCAGUACACUUGUAGCUCAAGAAAGAGUACAGCUUGUGAUAAAUGACAAUCAACAGCCAGCAGGUUACAUUAAUGAGGAAUCAACAAGAUUACUGGCGCUUAUUUUGCCACUGUGUGUUGCUGUAGCUGGAAUUACAACUCUGAUUGUCUGCAUAUGCUACAAUAUAAGAAAUAAAGCAAGGUUUCAAGAGUAUCGCUUGGAUGCAGUAGGCUCAUACAAGGGCCUUAACUGCUUGACUGGCAUGACAUCACCUCAAAAAACAACUGUUGAUGAUUACCUGGUAACACCAUGGGGCAAAGAUUACAAAGUCCAUGAAGAAAAUGAUGAAAUACAACUUGGCUCUGUCACCAAAUACACAAUAAACAGAAACAAUAUCCAUGAUCAUGAGAGUGAAAGAAAAGUUGAAAGGAGCAGUACCUUUGAGGUUAAAAGAAAACAUCCUUUUACAAGUAAUCACAAGAUAAAGGCUGACACAGCAUAUUCAGUCAAGAGACAUCAGUUAUCUGAAGUGCCGAUCCCAAGAAACAGCAAUCAACGAUCCAGCCUUAGCAAACAAAUCAGCUCAGAAACGGAGCCUACUUACUCCUGCAGGAACUCUGAAUUGGAACCUACUUAUUCCUGCAGGAGCUCAGAGUCUGAGAAAAGCUAUUUCUCUGUAACUCACUAUGGAGAUGCAGAUUAUGCCUGCUCAGAAGCAGGUACAUUCAUUAGUAUCAAUUCAGAACCUUCUUCUCCUGUGAAUGUAGAAGAGUAUGGUUCUGUCCAGUCUCUAUAAGGAACAGAACAAAAAGUUUAUCCUUUGUGGCUUUGAGAUACUUCAUGCAUGUUAUUUUCAGAACCUGUGCAUGUAAGAAAAAAAUUUUGUACUUCCUUUUGUACUCAUUUUGGUGCUAUACCAUUUUCAUUUUGUUACUCACUUCGUCAGUUCAUGUAUAUAUUCAGCUGGAAAAAAUGUAUUAAAGUGUUAUAGCCUAAUUUUAGUACAUAUUUCAUUUUACAUUAUGCAAUAAUAAAACUGUGUUUUCAUUUUAAUCCUCUUCUUUCUGUUUAUAGAAAACUUGUCUCAAGAAAUAAAUUAUUGAUUUACAACUUAAAGCUAGUAGGACAUGUCUGUUACACAGAAAUAUCAAUGUAAGUUGUCUGUCUGGCUAAAUGUAAACUAAAAUAGUAAUUACUUCAUACCAAUUUAAUCCUUCAUUGGUGCCUAAGUUUGUGGUUAAUAGUGCAAGUGAAUUUAAAAUGAACUGAGAAAUACACAUCACAUAAUUAAAAGUAACUCCUGCACAGAUUAUUCAUCUUUGCCAAGGGUUUGGGGGUGUGUUGUUCAGUGCAAAGGUUGCUCGUAGACAUGAGGCAUAAAACUGGAAGUACCCAGAUAUUCAAAGAGAAAGUAAAAGGAUUUAACAACUCCUUCGAUAAUUAAUCACGCAUUUGCUAUCUCAGCAAUGUAAAUUCCAGUUAACACUAAUGUGCGACUGAACAUUACAUUAGUAUAUAAGCAACUGAUAAUGUUCUGUAUAAAGUUACAGAACUACUGCAAAUUUUAAGUAAAAACAGCUGGGCAGUGACAAAAUUUUUAUAGAAAAACUGCACCCAUAACUAUAACUGUAACAAUAAUAUAAUAGAUCUGAACUAAAGUGACAAAACUAAGCUCCAUUCAAUUAAGUGACAAUACAUGGGAAUUACAGAUUAAUGAACAAAGUGAGUUUUUUGAUAUCAAGAUACUAAAAUUAAAUGGAAACAUGGGAAGAAAUAUUCAGCAAGAAUUAAGUAAAUAAUAUGUUUGAGACUCAGCAUUAUAGAAAGGGGCAUGAACACCAAUAGUAAAAUUUGUUUUUGCUGCCCCCUCCUCCCCACCCCCUCUCCAAUCAGACUUACUGUUUAAGUAAGAGAGAAACAUAUCAAAAGUUCGUACCCCUGAGGACUGCACCCGUGACAGCUGCCCACCUGUCCAGACAUCACUUAUGAAACUGCUGAGCAUAUCUACAAUUUGUCUGUUUAUUUAGAUAUAACAAUUCCUAUGGAAAAAGUGGGGGGUUAAGACUGUUAAAAAGUAAAUGUUGGGUGACAAGGGAUUAUAAUUUCCACGAGACAGGUGGGAGGAAAAUAGCUUCACUUUCUCAUUUUGUUGUUGUUGUGGUCUUCAGUCCUGAGACUGGUUUGAUGCAGCUCUCCAUGCUACUCUAUCCUGUGCAAGCUUCAUCAUCUCCCAGUACUUAUUGCAACCUACAUCCU